AUGCCUUGCCUUUACAUCACAACCAAUCUUAACUUAGAUGGAAUUGACACUGAUCCCAUCUUUUCUGAAGCAACAACUGCUAUCUCCCAAAUUAUCGGAAAACCCGAAAAGUUUGUGAUGGUCCUAUUGAAGUCAUCAGUGCCAAUAUCAUUUGAAGGUAACAAAAAACCAGCUGCUUUUGGUGAGAUAAUAUCAAUGGGUGGUAUAGAUAAACAAGUGAAGAAGAAACUAAUUGAUACUCUUGGCACUAUAUUGCAGUCAAAACUCUCUAUUCCAAGAACACGUUUUUUUCUCAAAGUUUUUGAUACCACUGCAUUUCCUACACGCUCCAAAAUUUAA